AUGCAAGGCCAAGUCAAAGUACGAAGAUCGCCAGAGCAGGAUGCAAAAUUCCGUGAAAUCCAAAGUGAAGCAAAACGACGUUUUUCUUUUCUAGCCAAGGAAGUUCUCGCAAAACGUCGAUCGGGAAUUUUUGAUCUUGAAGUGUUAGAAGAGCUUGCUGAACUUUUAGAACAAUCGCCGGAUAUGUUUACAAUGUGGAAUUAUCGUCGGGAAAUAAUCCUUAAUUCCGCCAACUUCGACAUUUCAGUUGAUGCUAGAUCUAGAAUAUUUGACAACGAACUUACCUUAACUGCAAAGUGUUUUUUAAAGAACUCGAAGUCCUACGCAACUUGGCAUCAUCGGAGUUGGGUGAUGUCCCACCAUCCACAUCCUGAUUGGCAGAAUGAGCUAAAUCUUUGCAAUGAAGCUCUUAAGUCGAAUGAACGAAACUUUCAUUGUUGGGACUAUCGGAGAUUUGUCGUUGAAAGUUCUCGGACGCCCAAUACCGAUGAGCUCCAUUUUACAUGCCUGACCUUGGAGGAAAACUUCAGUAAUUAUUCUGCUUGGCAUUACAGAAGCGGAUUGAUUGGCGCAGAUGAUGAAGUCUGCACGGUUGCAACUCCGGUCAGCCCACCACCCAAAUUUGAAGUCGAUCGGAAGAACGAAAAUUCUAGGUUCCCAUGGGAUGAAUUUGAUCUGGUCCACAAUGCCAUUUUUACUGAUCCUAAGGAUCAGGGUCCCUGGUUUUAUUAUUCGUGGUUGCUCGGACGUGGUGUGAAAGAUUGUUACCUCCGUGAACUUUACCUUUCAAGGAGUCUUCAACGUGCCGUCCUAGUCUUUACAUCCCCAAAACUCAAGAGUGCCAUAAGUCACUUGCUUGUUGACAUAACUGUAACCGACUCAUCCACCAACACACUCAAUUCCUACACUCCCGACGAUCUUGACGGCUGGAAAAGCGCUUUGGAUGACAAUGUUUCUGCUGUGUGGUGGUUUGAACUUCCAAAGACCAUUAUUGAUGGGUGUGCGGUAUCUGUGACUGUCCAUUCCGAGGAAAGGGGAGGUAAGACCCCUGUUUACUCCUCCACAGUUGAGAGUUCUAAAACGUGGCUAUUUUGUCGGAUGGAAGCAGAUCAGCAGGAAUCUUUGACUAGGGUUGCUCUUGACCCUCGACGUCUUCUCAAUUUUAUGGUGUCUCCUGUCCAUGAACCAUCCAGCUUGAUGGGUGAGCUCGAUACUGUUCGUGAACUUGUUGCAUUGGAACCUAAUAAUAAGUGGGCGUUAUUUACCCUUGUCAAUUUACUUCGUUAUAUUCGCCCUCCCAACUGUGCUACCGAAAUUGAAACCGCUGUCAAAACUUUGAAGACUGUCGAUGGUCACAGGAAGCGUUAUUAUGCCGAUAUGGCCAGUGCACAUGCCACCGAAGAUGCUCUUGUUGCAUCCUUUGCUAUUAAUUCACGUGUUCUCAAUCUUUCAGGAGUUGGGUUAACACGUGUUUGCUGCCUUGAUUGGUGCAGUCUUAUGACGGAACUUAAUUUAUCGAGCAACAACUUGGAUAUGCUCCCUGGAACAUGCGCUUAUCUUGUGUGUCUUAAGGAAUUUAACUUAGAUGACAACCGCAUAUCUUCUCUGGGGCCAAUUGCUGGUCUUCCCCAGCUAAAGCAUAUGUCUGUAUGCCGCAAUCUCAUCACCCACUUUGAAGGACUUGAACCCAUUCUUUCUUGUCCCAAUCUUCGUGAUCUUGAUAUUACUGGGAAUGAAGUUGCUGAGUUGUCCAAUUUUACGGUCCUCCUGGCCGAACACCCCUACUCAAAGGGUAGUCACAAUUCUCUUAACGUUGUGUACAAUAAACCGGUCAGGACAUAG